AGCCGGUUUCCUACCCGGAAGAACAUACUUAACACGCCGCGACAUUCCGGAAGCACUCGGCCCUGGGCGUUCUUUUUUCCGCCAUCUUGGAACUGAACUCUUCCAGCAAAAUGCCUGGUGAAGCCACAGAGACCGUCCCAGUUGCGGAACAAGAACUCCACCACCCUCAAGUUGAGACGGCAACUUCUCCCUCGAGCUCUGGGGAGGAGGCUGCUGCACCCACUGAAUUGGCAGCGGCAGCUACGGCGACUGUCACUCAGAACCUAGAAGUGGCUAGUGAGGCUUCUCAGACGGAGGCGGCACACACUGGAGCCUCUCUGGAGCCCUCAGACGUUAUACCCCCAGCUACCGGUCCUCCUGCACUCUCUGAACCACAACCUCCAGCCCCAGAGACAAAGCCGCCUCCGCCUGCUGAUGCCCGUAAACUUCCUGUAGCUGACUCCAAAGCUCCUGCACAUAAGAAAAAGCCUCCACCCACUGAUGUCCCAAAAGCUCCUGUUGCUGAUUCCAAAGCCUCAGCUGCAAAGAAACGGCCCCUUACUGAUAAUCCUGCAGUGCCCGUUAUGGAUUCUAAAGCUCCAGCUCCAGAGGCAAAGACCCUACCCACUGAUGUCCCUGUUCCUGACAGUGCAGCUCCAAAGACACAGCCUUUACAAACUGAUGUCCCUGUAUUACCUGUUGCUGAUUCCAAGGCUCCAGCAGCAAAGAUAGAGAUCCCUCCCGCUGACGUCCUUACAAACCCACCUGCUGCUGCAGUAACUCCAGCUGCUAAGACACCGCCCCAACCCACUGAUGUCCCUGGUGCUGUUUCCAAAGCUCCAGCCACAAAGGCAAAGCUUCCACCUGCUGAUGUCCCUAAAGUUCCUUCUGCUGACUCCAAAGCUCCAGCUCAAAAGAAAAAGUCUUCACCCACUGAUGUCCCAAAAUCCCCUGUUGACGAUUUCAAAGCCUCAGCUCCAAAGGUGCAGCCGUCUACUGAUGAACCUGCAGUGCUAGUUAUGGAUUCCAAAGCUCCAGCCCCAAAGACAGAAAGCCCUCCCUCUGAGGUCUCCACAAGCCCUACUACUGCUUCUAUAGCUUCAGCUCCUAAGACACAACUCCCACCCACUGAUGUCCCUGGUGCUGUUUCUGAAGCUCCAGCCCCAAAGCUUUCAGUUGCUGAUGUCCCUAAAGUUCCUGCUGCAGACUCCAAAGCUGCAGCUCAAAAGAAAAAGUCUCCACCCACUGAUGUCCCUAAAGCUCCUGUAGCGGAUUCCAAAGCCUCAGCUGCAAAGAAACGGCCCCUUACUGAUAAUCCUGCAGUGCCCGUUAUGGAUUCCAAAGCUCCAGCUCCAGAGGCAAAGACCCUACCCACUGAUGUCCCUGUUCCUGACAGUGCAGCAGCAAAGAUAGAGAUCCCUCCCGCUGACGUCCUUACAAACCCACCUGCUGCUGCAGUAACUCCAGCCACAAAGGCAAAGCUUCCACCUGCUGAUGUCCCUAAAGUUCCUGCUGCUGACUCCAAAGCUCCAGCACAAAAGAAAAAGUCUCCACCCACUGAUGUCCCAAAAGCUCCUGUUGCUGAUUCCAAAGCCUCAGCUGCAAAGAAACGGCCCCUUACUGAUAAUCCUGCAGUGCCCGUUAUGGAUUCCAAAGCUCCAGCUCCAGAGGCAAAGACCCUACCCACUGAUGUCCCUGUUCCUGACAGUGCAGCUGCAAAGACAGAGAUCCCUCCCGCUGACGUCCUUGCAAACCCACCUGCUGCUGCAGUAACUCCAGCUGCUAAGACACAGCCCCAACCCACUGAUGUCCCUAGUGCUGUUUCCGAAGCUCCAGCCACAAAGGCAAAGCUUCCACCUGCUGAUGUCCCUAAGGUUCCUUCUGCUGAUUCCAAAGCUCCAGCACAAAAGAAAAAGCCUCCACCCACUGAUGUCCCAAAACCCCCUGUUGCCGAUUCCAAAGCCUCAGCUCCUAAGACACAACUCCCACCCACUGAUGUCCCUGGUGCUGUUUCUGAAGCUCCGGCCCCAAAGACAAAGCUUUCAGAUACUCAUGUCCCUAAAGUUCCUUCUGCUGACUCCAAAGCUCCAGCACACAAGCAAAAGUCUCCACCCACUGAUGUCCCAAAAGCUCCUGUUGCGGAUUCCAAAGCCUCAGCCCCAAUGACAGGGAGCCCCUCCUCUGAGGUCCCCACAAGUCCUACUACUGCUUCUUCUAAAGCUCCAGCUCCUAAGGCACAGCCCCCACCCACUGAUGUCCCUGGUGCUGUUUCUGAAGCUCCAGCCAUAAAGACAAAGCUUGCAUCUGCUGAUGUCCCUAAAGUUUCUGCAACUGAACCCAAAGUUCCAGCACAAAAGAAAAAGUCUCCAAAAGCUCCUGUUGCCGAUUCCAAAUCCUCAGCUCCAAAGACAGAACCUCCUGUUGAUGAUCCUGCAGUGCCAGUGGAGGAUCCCAAAGGUUCAGUCCUAGAGACCAAGGCUCCUCUCGCUGAUGUAACUAAACGGUCUGCUGCUGAGUCCAAAGCCCCAGCACAAAAGAAAAAGUCUUCACUCUCUGAUGUCCCAAAAGUUGCUGGUGACGCCAAAGCUUCAGCUCCAAAGGCCCAGCCUCCUCCUGAUAAACCUGCAGUGCCGGUUAUGGAAUCCAAAGCUCAAGCUCCAGCGGCAAAGACCCUACCCACUGAUGUCCCUGUUGCUGAAAAUGCAGAUAUCCCUGUAUUACCUGCUGCUGAUUCCAAGGCUCCAGCACCAAAGACAAAGCCUCCACCUGCUGAUGUCCCUAAAGUUCCUGCCGCUGAAUCCAAAGCUCCAGCACAAAAGAAAAAGUCUCCACCCACUGAUGUCCCAAAAGCUCCUGUUGCUGAUUCCAAAGCCUCAGCUCUAAAGACAGAGUGUCCUCCCUCUGAGGUCCCCGCAAGCCCUACUGCUGCUUCCUUAACUCCAGCUCCUAAGGCACAGACCCCACCCACUAAUGUCCCUGCUGCUGCUUCAGAAGCUCCAGCUCCAAAGACAAAGCUUUCAGCUGAUGUCCCUAAAGUUCCUGCUGCUGACUCCAAAGCUCCAGCACAAAAGAAAAAGUCUCCACCCACUGAUGCCCCAAAAGCUCCUGUUGCCGAUUCCAAAGCAUCAGCGCAAAAGAAAAAGUCUCCUCCCACUGAUGUCCCAAAAGCUCCUGUUGCUGAUUCCAAAGCCUCAGUUGCAAAGACAGAGAUCCCUCCCCCUGUGAUCCCUGCAAGCCCUACUGCUGCUUCUAUACAUCCAGCUCCAAAGACAGACACUCCACCACCCACUGAUGUCCCUGGUGCAGUUUCUGAAGCUCCAGCCCCAAAGACAAAGCCGCCUCCUGCCGAUGUCCCUAAAGUUCCUGCUGCUGACUCUAAAACUCCAGCACAAAAGAAAAAGUCUCCAACCACUGAUGCCCCAAAAGUUGCUGUUGCCUCCAAAGCCCCAGCUCCAGUUGCUAUUUCUUCUGCUGCUCUUGCAGCACCUGAGGUUCCUGUUUCUGAUGUGCAGACUUCAGCUAAUAAAGCUGAGAGCAUCUCUCCUCAGAUCUCUGCUCCGCAGCCUACACCAGCGCUAGAUUCUCCAAUUCCUGCUAAAGAGCUAACCCCUCCUCCUGCUUUGCUUACCCUGGAAACUAUCCCUUCUGUUCUGCUUGCGUCUGUUUCCCCACCCCAUGCCUCCAAAACAACCACCUCUCCUUCACCACCUGCACCUCUGCCUGUUGCUGAUGAAGAGGAGGAAAUGCCGCCUUUAAUUCCUUCUGAGCUUUCUGUUGAGGAGACCGUUUUCCAGCCUGUUGAGGUGGACCAGCGAUCUCCCAAACCACCUGUAGCUGCUCCUGUGAAGGAGUCUGUGCUGAAGAACGACAAGGGGUCAGGAACAGAAUCUGACAGUGAUGAUUCUCCUCCAGAACUGGAACAGGACUCCACACAAACUUCCACACAGCAAGCGCAGCUUGCAGCAGCAGCAGAAAUAGACGAGGAACCGGUCAGCAAAGCAAAACAAAGCAGGAGUGAAAAGAAAGCAAGAAAGGCUAUGUCCAAGCUGGGGCUUCGCCAGGUCACUGGAGUCACAAGAGUCACAAUCCGAAAAUCCAAAAAUAUACUGUUUGUCAUCACAAAGCCAGAUGUGUAUAAGAGCCCGGCAUCUGAUACGUACAUUGUGUUUGGAGAGGCCAAGAUUGAAGAUCUCUCACAACAAGCCCAGCUGGCAGCAGCCGAAAAAUUCAAGGUACAGGGAGAAGCCGUAUCGAACAUACAGGAAAACACGCAGACUCCCACGGUACAGGAAGAGAGCGAAGAGGAAGAGGUUGAUGAGACUGGAGUGGAAGUUAAGGACAUUGAACUUGUAAUGUCACAAGCUAAUGUGUCCAGGGCGAAGGCUGUGCGCGCUCUUAAGAACAACAGCAACGACAUAGUAAAUGCCAUCAUGGAGUUGACGAUGUGAGUUCCCCUCAGAGUGAUCUGCUUUGGUCAUGCUCUUGGAUCAGUGCAGCUCGAGUUGAGAUUUAUACUAUUUCUAUUGAUUUAAUAAAGUUGUGGCUUAUUGUUGGUGAUUUA